CAGCUAGCAUGAGUAUACCACGUAGAUAUGCAGUUCGAGAUACACACGCCUUAUAAUCGGCUCAAUAAAAAUUAGUUGUUCUUGCCACGUCUUACACAACUCGUUUAAAUUAACACCCUUCCCGAUUAAUCAACACAAAGACAUGUCUUGUGAAGAUCCCAGCCCGAUUAUGGAGUUGGACGAGAAGGUACUUUUGGGCAAAGGAGCAGAAGGUCACGUAUUCCUCGGCACUUUUGCUGGAGAAAAAGUUGCCAUCAAAAGAGUCCUCACAAACGCGGACACUGUUGUGGACCCAGCCCGUCAACGAAGGGAAGAUGAAACCAUGAAAAAAUUAGAACACCCCAAUGUUCUCAAAUUAAUUGAGGUUGUAGAAAAGCAAAAUUUCAGGUAUUUGAUAUUGGAGUUCUGCGUGGGAACGAUUCGAGACUACAUAAGAAAAAAGUACACUGGCCCAAUGCCUUCCGAAAUCGAAGGGAUGAUGCAAAUGGCUAGCGGACUGCAAUACAUUCACUCGCAGAAUUUUGUCCAUCGAGAUAUUAAACCAGAAAAUGUGUUGAUUUCUUCUUCCCACGUCCUGAAAAUAUCGGAUUUCGGGAUCUGUCGGCCAGUUACAACGAGUUCCCAAAGUUUUUCUUUGUCCAGCGUACCCACAGGCACUCGGAUGUUCAAUUCUCCGGAAUUGCUUCAAUCGGAAGAAAAAAGCCCAGAAGAAAAGCAACAAAUUAAAGCUUACGUGUCAACCGACAUCUUCUCCUUGGGCUGUUUGUUUUUUAGUUACAUCACGAUGGGCGGUCAUCCUUUUGCCAAAGAAAAGAUUAUCAUCGAGUUUGUAACCGUUGCCAACAUUUUCAAAGGGAAAAAGUAUCUCGGCAAAGACGGCUAUGAACUAGGUCUAUCCAAGGAUCAUUAUGCAUUUUCAAUGAUUGACGGCAUGACGGAGGUGAAUCCAACCAGCCGUUGGACACUAGACCGCGUUUUGAAAACUUUAGAAAAUCAGAAGCUGAAACUUGCACAGGAUGAAGACAAUAAACAUUGAAAUCUGUCAAAAUCUUGUUAAAAAAAGACAGUUUAAGAUGAACAUACACGGCACUUUAGGUAUGCACAAAACAAAUCUUACGGCAGCUUAGACGGACUACCCAUAUCUGGAUCGGUAUAUUAUCCAUACUAUUAGACCAUGUUCCCUCUGUGAUAAAGCCCCAGUUAAACAUCAUAUAACGAAUCAGUUAAACGAAUAAUCAGAUACAUAAAUAAAAAAAUGGGAUGCAUCAAUUCAAAAAA